AUGAUUCUUCUUAUUACGGUGUUGGUUGGGAUGUGCAUGACAAAAGACACAUACAUUGUGUUUUUCGACCAAGAUCCGCACAUGGAUAAGAUCAGUGCGGGUGGGUUUUAUGCAGAAAGUAUCCUUGGGAUCCAGAGCCUACUAGGGGAGGAUGAAAGCAUUGAUGCAAAAAUGGUGAAUGGAUUUAUGGCACAGAUGAGUGAGUCUACUGCAGAAAAGGUGAAGAUGUACCCAGGAGUCAAAAUGGUUGUCAAGGAUAGUGCAGUUGGCAUUAGUGGGCUUAGGGUUUCGGAAGCGCCUGAUGCAGCUGAGCCAAAGGAGGAAAUCAUGACGCAGCGCCAUGCACCCUGGGGGCUGAUCAGGAUUGGGGGAGGAACGUCUUUGGCGAAUGGAAGCUUCUACUAUCCAGCGAAUUCUGGCAGAAGGGUGGAUGUGUAUGUCCUUGACACGGGUGUUGAGACAAACCAUCCUGAGUUUGAGGAUAGAGCAAGAUGGGGAUCCAACUUUGUACCAGGGUCUCCUGACGAAGACGAGCAUGGGCAUGGAACACACUGUGCAGGCAUUGUAGCAGGAAAGAACUUUGGAAUAGCGAAGAAGUCAAACAUCAUUGGAGUCAAAGUUCUUGACAAGAACGGGUUUGGAAUGACCUCUAGACUGCUCCAAGGAGUCGAUUUUGUGAUCAGGGAGCACGAGAAGAAGAAGGAUGACGUAUACAGGCAGAUGGCAGAUGAGUAUCUCGAAUCCACAGAUUCUGACGACUCUGGAAUAAUGGACAUAGACUUUUCUGAAAGCGUUUCGGACAUCAAGAGCAUCAAAGCAUCCAGGCCAUCGUUGCAUCAGCUAAUAGACAUGGCAUCGCAUGAGUCGUUGGUGCCAAAAACAGUGGUCAAUCUGAGUGUCGGAGGGUCGAGGAAUGCAGCAUUGAACUUUGCAGUUGAGUAUGCAUCAAGGCUUGGAAUACAUUUCUCAACAGCAGCAGGAAACGAGCACGAAGAUGCAUGCGAGUUCUCACCAGGAUCGUCCAAGGCAAGCAUCACCACGGGAGCAUCCACAUUCAGAGAUACUGUUGCGUUCUUUAGCAACUUUGGAAAAUGCGUAAACAUCUUUGCACCAGGCGUUGACAUUCUGAGCUCUUGGAUCGGUGGUAAGCAAAAGAUUGCAUCAGGCACAUCGAUGGCCACUCCACACACAACAGGAGCAAUGGCAGCAUACCUGACAUACUAUAAUUACACGCCGCAUGCUCUAAAGCAGCAUCUCAUGAGGGAUGCACAUAAUGUAAUAGACGACACUGCUGAGGAUGAGUACAUGCCUCCAGUGUCUGGAUCACUCCGCCUGCCCUCGUUCUUGAGUCCGAAGAAGAAGCUGCCAAUGCUGUCGAUUGUGAACUUACUCAGGAGAAUCAGUAAGCAGUAG